AUGGACCCUGUGGGGGCAGCAGAGCCCUCGGCGCCCCCCGGCCCUCUGACUCACCUGAACCUGCGGGACCCGCCGGAGGCGCGGCCGCGGAGCGCAGCGGACGGGCGGAGCCCGGCGGGCGGCUGGAGCAGGGCCUCCCCGGAGCACUCCGCUGUCCUGCGGGAAGGCGUGCGCCGGUGCCUGCAGCAGCAGUGCGAGCAGACGGUGCGGAUCCUGCACGCCAAGGUGGCCCAGAAAUCCUACGGAAAUGAGAAGCGGUUCUUCUGCCCCCCGCCCUGUGUCUACCUCGCAGGUCCUGGCUGGAGGGUGAAGCCGGUGCCGGGCCAAGCCCACCUCGCCGGGGACACGGGGCCCACCGUCUGCGGCUACAUGGGACUGGACGGCGCAUCCGGCAGCGCCGCCGAGACGCAGAAGUUAAAUUUCGAGGAGCAGCCCGACUCCAGGGAAUUCGGCUGCGCCAAGACCCUGUACAUCUCAGACGCAGACAAGAGGAAGCACUUCAGGCUGGUGCUGCGGCUGGUGCUCCGGGGGGGCCGGGAGCUGGGCACCUUCCACAGCCGCCUCAUCAAGGUCAUCUCCAAGCCCUCGCAGAAGAAGCAGUCGCUGAAAAACACCGACCUGUGCAUAUCCUCGGGCUCCAAGGUCUCCCUCUUCAACCGCCUGCGCUCCCAGACGGUCUCCACGCGCUACCUCUCCGUGGAGGACGGGGCCUUCGUGGCCAGUGCGCGCCAGUGGGCGGCCUUCACCCUGCACCUGGCUGAUGACCACUCUUCCCAGGGAGACUUCCCCCCUCGAGAGGGCUACGUCCGCUAUGGCUCCCUGGUGCAGCUGGUCUGCACUGUCACGGGCAUCACGCUCCCUCCGAUGAUCAUCCGCAAAGUGGCCAAGCAGUGUGCGCUCCUCGACGUGGACGAGCCCAUCUCCCAGCUGCACAAGUGCGCACUCCAGUUCCCCGGGGGCCCUCCCAGCGGCGGGGGCACCUACCUGUGUCUGGCCACAGAGAAGGUGGUGCAGUUCCAGGCCGCCCCCUGCCCCAAGGAGGCCAACCGGGCGCUGCUCAACGACAGCUCCUGCUGGACCAUCAUAGGCACCGAGGCGGUGGAGUUCUCCUUCAGCGCCAGCCUGGCGCGCCCCCGGGAGCCCGUCACCCCGGUGCCCCUCGUCAGCGCCCUGGAGCUCAGCGGCGGGGGAGACGUGGCCACGCUGGAGCUCCACGGGGAGAACUUCCACGCGGGGCUCAAGGUGUGGUUCGGGGACGUGGAGGCGGAAACCAUGUACAGGAGCCCGCGGUCCCUGGUGUGCGUGGUGCCCGUGGUGGCCGCCUUCGGCAGCGCCUGGCGCUGGCUGCGCACACCCAUCACCGUGGCCUUGAGCCUGGUGCGCGCCGACGGCCUGCUCUACCCCAGCGCCUUCUCGUUCACCUACACCCCCGAGCUCAGCGCGCGGCCCGCGCCCCCGGGGGCGCCCCCGCCCGCCGCCCCCGCCGCCGCCGACGCCGACGCCGACGCGCUGCUGGAGAGCAUCCACCGCGAGUUCACGCGCACCAACUUCCACCUCUUCAUCCAGACCUAG